AUGUCGAACACGCCGAACGCAAACAACGCCGCGGAUAACCAGCAGCAGAGCACCUGUGGCUGCAAUGGCAGAUCAGCAGCCCAUGGCAAGGGAUCUCACGUGGGUAAUGACAAUGGCAAGUCAAAGCACAAGGGUGAUAGUGAGGACGAUGACGAUGACGAUGACGAUGACGAGGAUGACUGCAUUAUCUGUUAG